UGCGUCAUCUGUGAAGGAUCUCACACCCAUUUCAUACUAUACAUACAUACUGAUCAACUGGUCAGCUAAAAGGUGGAGGGAAGAGGAGUGGCUUUAGUAAGUUUCUUUUCCUCAGAAAGGAAGAUGGCUUUCAUGAGUGCGUCCACACUUUAUGGAAAGAUGGAAAGACUAAAUGGACCUCAAUAGGCAGCGCAAUCCUAACUCCAGCUACUGUAACAAGUCAGCGUAUAAAAGGCACAGAACAGAUUACAGUGAAAUGGCCAGACCUAAACACCAGUGUCUGCCUGAAUCAGCCUCUUGGAGAAGACCAGAGGUUUUGAGUUCCAGAAGGGAGCAUUAUGAAAGGGACUUUCCUGUGUACAAGCAGCCAGUUGAAGUGGGAUCCUUUUCACUGGACGCUGAGCGGAGGUUCUUUAAUGACAGCAGGCAGAUGAGAUAUUAUGUGGAACCAGACAAAAAUCCAAAUUUUAACCUCAGAGAUGGAUACAGGGAUCGUUUUGUGAAGAGAGAUGAUAGUGUGAAGGAGAGGUUGGACCACAUGCUGCGUUGGAUCUUGGCUAACAGAGCAAAGCUUGCAUCCAGAAACGCCACCGGCACCUCAUGUCAUUUAGACCAUGACUUUGUCACGUGGCGGGGUCAUCUAACCAAACUGCUGACGACUCCUUAUGAGACCCGUGAGGGAUGGCUGCUGGCGGCUACCAAGUUCAGAGGGACAGUUUACAUCAGCGAAUUGGAAACAGAGGCCGCGCAAAGAGAGCGGGAGAAUCGAGAUGAGCGGCAUGAAGAGAUGAUGUAUUGGGGGUACAAGUUCGAACAGUACGCAUGCUCAGACGAUGUUCACGGUUUACCGGACCCGAGUGGUGUGGUGAACACGAACGAGGCCUUCUGCACGGUGGUUCAAACCCGCCUGGCGGAUCAUAAGUUGCUGUUCUCCGGUGAGGUGGACUGUCGUGAUAAAGAUCCAAAUGCUCCAGCUCCUCCCGCCUGCUAUGUGGAGCUGAAGACCUCAGCCGAGAUCUGUACACCAAAACAACGCAGCAACUUCCUCAGGUUCAAACUGCUGAAAUGGUGGGCGCAGUCUUUUCUUCCCGGAGUUCCCCGAGUGGUGGCUGGUUUCCGAGACCACGAUGGAGUGGUCAUCUCCACAGAGACUUUUCUCAUCUCCAAAAUGUCGCAUCUUGUCAAGAAUGAAUACAACUGCUGGAAGCCAACAGUCUGCAUGAACUUCUGUUGUGACUUUCUUUCUUUUGCAAAGUCAGUAGUGACAGAGGACAACCCAGAUGUGGUCUACCUCUUCUCCUGGGAGCCCCGCUCAGAUGUGAGAUACUCCAUCCACAGACACUCAUCCUACUCCUUCCUGCCUCCCUGGUAUGUCGAGGGAAUGACCACUGGAUCCUGAUUCAAGUCUUCUUGGCUUCAUAAAGUAAAAGGUUGAGCACAUGAUUUUCUGGGUGACAUGAUUUUUUAAUUCCUGGAUUGACCUUGGAGCCCAAAGUGAUUUUCGUGACUUUCCGACCUUACAGUUGUAGUGUAAAAAUACCUGGAAACCAACAAUGUAUGAGAAAAGUCACUGUUUUUAUUUGUGCUUUUGGUAACAGUGUUGGUACUCAAAAAAUAUGUAUUCAUCAUGAUCACCUCUCUUUUACAUUUUUUAAUCAUUUCAUUGUUGUUGCUGAUGGAUCAACCCACGUUUGAAUCCUUAUUUUCAUGUUGUUUACAUAUUAAUCUCUGCCACCUUUUAUAAUCUGAAAAUGUAGCAUGUUAUCUGCGUCACUUCAGUGCUCAAGCAUGGUUAUGCAUUGUAGAAUUGAGAUACAGAAGGUAUUACAAUGCUUGUAUGGGAUAAUCGUCAUAAUCAUAAUGCAGUUAUCAAAUGUGAUUCAUGCUUCAGGUUUCUUCACCUGUAAAAUCCUUUGACUUGUUUUACCUUUAACUGUGUGCUAUUGUAUUAUAUUUUUGAAAUAUUUCGGACAGUUUUUUAAACAGCAUUUGAUUUUAUGCAUACAAUGCACAUUUGGUUACUAAUUCUCUCACUUGACAGAUUUUGAAAUUUAAAUUUCUACAUGCAUAUGGAUCAUUAAAACGCUGAGAGAUAACCUGUUGUCCAUGUCACUGAUGCUGAUCGAGUUCCGUUUUAAAUUCCUCCCCAAUAAAAAAAACGCAGACACUGAAAAGGCAUCUUGGAAAAUUUGG